AUGGCCUCCCAGCAGUCCCAGCAGUACGCUUUCCGCGCGCAGAAGUCGUUCGGUCUCGUCGGUGGGAGCCCCAGCUACGACGCCAUCGACAGCUUCCAGGCCCCCGAGGUCGCCGCCCGGACGUACCAGUACAGCGCCGAUGGCCGCCUCUUCGCCUACGCCAUCCCCACUGGCGUCCGCAUCUUCCAGGCCGAGGGCGCGCAGCUCGUCCAGGACCUCCAGCUGCCUAACGUUGUUGAUAUCAACUUCUCCCCCCGCGGCACGUACCUCUCCAUCUGGGAGAGGCCCCAAAAGCUCGAGGACGGCUCCCAGUACAAGAACCUCCGCAUCUUCUCAGCCUCUACCGGCGAGGAGCUCCUCGCCUUCACCCAGAAGAGCCAGGAUGGCUGGGAUCUCCAAUAUACGAUCUCUGAAUCGCACGCCAUUCGCUUGGUGGGCUCCGAGAUCCAGGUCUUCCGCCCCGCGGAGUGGUCCAAGGGCGUGGUCGACAAGCUCAAGGUCGAGGGUGCGACCUCUGUCACCCUCAGCCCUGGGCUGAACCCGUCCGUGGCCGUUUUCUUUGCGGAGAAAAAGGGUCAACCGGCUACCGUCAAGGUGUACAGUCUGCUGGCUCUCUCCGCGCAACCGACUUGCCAGAAAACCUUCUUCAAGGCACAGCGUGGCCAGGUCAAAUGGAACACGCUUGGCACCCAGGUCCUCGUACUCACACAAACCGACGUCGACCAGGCCAACAAAAGCUACUACGGUGAAACCGGUGGCCUGUACCUGCUCAGCGCGGCAGGCAACUUCGACUGUCGGGUGACACUGGACAAGGAGGGCCCGGUCCACGACUUCACCUGGAGUCCCAACUCGAAAGAGUUCUCGGUCGUCUAUGGCUUCAUGCCGGCCAAGACGAUGCUGUUCGAUCAGCGCGCGCGCAGCCUCCACGACUUCGGCACUGCGUUCUGCAACUUUAUCGCUUUCAACCCCCAGGGUCGACUGAUGGCGCUCGCUGGGUUUGGCAACCUCGCGGGCAAGGUCGACAUCUACGACCGCCGGACACUCACGAAGCUCACCACCAUCGACGCCUCCAACACCUCCCACUGCGAGUGGUCGCCCGACGGCCGCUUCCUACUCACCGCGACGCUCUCCCCUCGCCUCCGAGUCGACAAUGGCAUCAAAAUCUGGCAUUGUACCGGCCCGCUCGUUCACAUCCAGCAUUGCGAUGAGCUCUACCAGACCUCGUGGAGGCCAACCCCCGUCGAUGCCGUGCCCGCGUUCCCGCAGGCGAUCCCGGCCGCCCCUGCCCCCUCGGCCAGUGUGCUCGAGCACGUCACCGUCGCGAAACUUACUCCGACGAAGCCUGCUGGGGCGUACCGGCCCCCUGGCGCGCGGGGUCUUGAAGCCUCGCACGCAUACAAGCGCGAAGACGACACGCCGAGCGGACAGUCGACGCCCAACGGCCGGUUCAGCCGCAGCCCUGCACCAGGUGGUCGCUUCCAGAACGGACGGAGACACGUGCCCGGGGCACCGACGUCGCCCUCCCGUGCGGCACGCGCAGGGCGACCCGGAGAAGCGGGGACGCAAACGCAAGGGGGGAAGGAGAAGGGCGGCGAGGGAAAGGAGGGCGGCAGAAGAGAGCGGGAUGCGGAUGCGGGUCGGCCGUCGAUCGACAUUACGCUCGCGACGAACGGUGACGGACCAGCGGUGAACGGAAAUGGCGACGCGAACGGAAACGGCGCGAGGCGGCGGCAACGACGCGGCGUCGGUACCUCCAACGCCGGAGGGGACGGCGGGUUGGAUCCGACUGCGAAGAAGGUCAGGAACUUGAGCAAGAAGCUCAAGGCGAUCGACGAGCUCAAGGAGAAGCAGCAGAAGGGCGAGCGGCUCGAGGCGACGCAGCUCAAGAAGAUCGACACGGAGGCGGAGAUCAGGAAGGAGCUCGCUGGGCUCGGCAUCACCUCAUAG